UCUUCCUCCUCUCUUCUUCAAAACAAAACACACACACAAACAACAAUGUCCGUCGUCACCAAGGUCCACGCCCGCCAGAUCUUCGACUCUCGAGAUAAGUCUAUUCAACUGCCCAGGUGCCUUCAAUAUACCCUGCCUAGCGACAUCCCUCGCGAAGAGAGGUAUAGAGAAGCCCUGGACCCUCCCACGAACGUGUUCCCACGCUAACAUCAACCCUGCCUUUCGCUUUGACCUUUGUCCUCUCCCCAUCCAUCCAACGCUCGCUAUACCCCUGGAUUGACGACAACACGUAACCCUACCGUCGAGGUUGACAUCACCACCGCCAAGGGUCUCUUCCGUGCUGAGGUCCCCUCUGGUGCCUCCACCGGUGCCCACGAGGCCCACGAGUUGAGGGACGGUGGUAAGGACUACGUCGGCAAGGGUGUCACCAAGGCCGUCAAGAACGUCAACGAGAUCAUCGCCCCCGCUCUUAUCGAGUCCAAGCUCCCCGUCACCUCCCAGAAGGAGAUUGAUGACCUCCUCAUCAAGCUCGACGGUACCCCCAACAAGUCCAAGCUCGGUGCCAACGCUAUCCUCGGUGUCUCUAUGGCCGUCUCUGAGGCCGGUGCCGCUGACAAGGCCGUCCCUCUCUACGAGUACCUCGCCGAGCUCGCCGGUGUCAAGCCCCCUUACGUCCUCCCCGUCCCCGCUUUCAACGUCAUCAACGGUGGUUCCCACGCCGGUAACGCUCUCGCCUUCCAGGAGUUCAUGCUCCUCCCCACCGGCGCUUCUUCCUUCUCUGAGGCCUUGAAGAUGGGUUCCGAGACUUACCACACCUUGAAGAAGGUCAUCACCAAGAAGUACGGUAUUGACGCCGCCAACGUCGGUGACGAGGGUGGUUUCGCCCCCAACGUCUCUGGUGCCGAGGAGUCUCUUGACCUCCUUACCGAGGCCAUCAAGCAGGCCGGUUACACUGGCAAGGUCCAGAUCGGUCUCGACGUUGCCUCUUCCGAGUUCUACAAGGACGGCAAGUACGACCUCGACUUCAAGAACCCCAACUCUGACGCCUCCAAGUACCUUUCCGGUGAAGAGCUCGCCAACCUCUACCACUCUUACGUCGAGAAGUACGACAUCUGCUCCAUCGAGGACCCCUUCCACGAGGACGACUUUGACGCUUGGGCCGCCUACAACAAGACCGCCACCAUCCAAAUUGUCGGCGACGACCUCUUGGUCACCAACCCCAAGCGAAUCAAGACCGCCAUCGAGAAGAAGGCCUGCAACGCCCUCCUCCUCAAGAUCAACCAGAUCGGCACCAUCUCCGAGUCUAUCCAGGCUGUCCAGCUCUCGCAGUCUAACGGCUGGGGUGUCAUGACCUCUCACCGAUCUGGUGAGACCGAGUCUACCUACAUUGCCGACCUUGCUGUUGCGCUUAGGACUGGUGAGAUCAAGACCGGUGCUCCCUGCCGAUCUGAGCGUGUUGCCAAGUACAACCAGCUUCUCCGAAUCGAGGAGCGUCUUGAGGGCAACUCUAUCUUUGCCGGUGCCAAGGGUCUCUCCAGGGGUACCACUGCUCCCGAGCUCCACUCUGCCUAAGUAUUUGGUAGUGCAGAUGUUGAAGGAAAAAUACGUUGGUAGUAGUCGACGGGAAAAGGAGAGAGAAGAAUCGAAAGUCCUAAGCUGCUAGAGAAUUGGCUUUUACCAUGCAUACUGCAGAGUUUACAAAACA